AAAGAGAUUUGAUCCCCCCACUCGCUCCCUCCAUGUGUCUGCAUGCACCGAGAAGGUCAGCAGGGGACCCCUCUCUUUUUACAGCCCACUAUGUGUGGCCUUUGAGACGGGGGAGGCUAAAUCCAGACCUCUUAAAGGUGGACACGCCAAACUCUCCCGUUGGCACCAAAAACAUAUCAGACGUCUUUCAAUAUUUGGGCCUAAAAGCGGCAGAGAUUAGGUGAGAGGAAAGAAGCUAAACAUAAAGAGAGCUUUCAGAGAAACAGUGUCAGCGUCUGUGCAGCUCACGACCUUGACAUUAAAAAAGGGGGCGGGGCCAGGUUGGGUGAGCAAUUGGCCGGAGGGGGCGUGGCUUCCGCGCUGGUCAAUCAUAAAAACACACGGCUAAACUUCGCUCUUCCCCACUCACACCCGGAGUCAAGACAGACUGAGGAGGCUCACAAACGAUUCGGCCGCAUUGGUCGUCUGGUGACUCGUGCUGCUAUCAUCUCCAAGAAGGUGGAGAUUGUGGCUAUCAAUGACCCAUUCAUCGACCUGGAGUACAUGGUUUACAUGUUCAAAUAUGACUCCACCCACGGCCGCUUCCACGGUGAGGUCAAGACUGAGGGAGACAAGCUUGUCAUCGAUGGACACAAGAUCACCGUCUUCCACGAGAGGGACCCAACUAACAUCAAAUGGGGUGAUGCUGGUGCCCAGUACGUUGUGGAGUCCACUGGUGUGUUCACCACCAUUGAGAAGGCCUCUGCUCACUUGAAGGGCGGUGCCAAGAGAGUCAUCAUCUCUGCACCCAGUGCCGAUGCACCAAUGUUUGUGAUGGGUGUCAACCACGAGAAGUACGACAACUCCCUCCAGGUUGUCAGCAACGCCUCCUGCACAACUAACUGCCUGGCCCCCCUGGCCAAAGUUAUCAACGACAACUUUGGCAUCAUUGAGGGCCUGAUGAGCACAGUUCAUGCCAUCACUGCCACCCAGAAAACUGUGGAUGGCCCCUCCGGCAAGCUGUGGAGGGACGGGCGUGGUGCCAGCCAGAACAUCAUCCCCGCCUCCACCGGCGCCGCCAAGGCUGUCGGCAAAGUCAUCCCAGAGCUCAAUGGCAAGCUGACUGGCAUGGCCUUCCGUGUUCCCACCCCCAACGUGUCGGUGGUUGAUCUGACAGUCCGUCUGGAGAAACCAGCCAAAUACGAUGACAUCAAGAAGGUUGUGAAGGCUGCAGCUGACGGACCCAUGAAGGGCAUUCUGGGAUACACUGAGCACCAGGUUGUGUCCACAGACUUCAAUGGCGACACCCACUCCUCCAUCUUUGAUGCUGGCGCUGGUAUCGCUCUUAACGACCACUUUGUCAAGCUGGUUACAUGGUACGACAACGAGUUUGCCUACAGCAACCGUGUCUGUGACCUCAUGGCCCACAUGGCCGCCAAGGAGUAAACCAGCCAGCUCACUUGAUCGUCUCUGAAUGACCCACAUUCUCCUUAGUCCAGAGUUAUAAAUGUACAGUGAGACAUAUUUAUUACUCUGUUUGGAUCCAUCGGAUGUUCAACCCCCCCCAUUACACGCCUGAGGAAAAUUUCCACAAAACGACAAAAGAUUUAAAUUGCUGACCAAUGAUCUUUUUGUACUAAAUUCCCUGUUCUGCUCUUGUUGGAUGAAGGAAAGGUGUGAAAGUCUUUUCCUGUCUGUGGUACUUGAGUGCCGCAGUCAGUGGUGGAAUAAAGUUCUUUGUUUGUGA